AUGGCGUCUUUCGAGUCUUCUCCAACUUCAUCGUCUUCUGAUCCAACCGAAAAAUGGACAUACGACGUCUUCCUAAGCUUCAGAGGCAAAGACACUCGACAUAACUUUGUAAAUCGUCUCUAUGCAGCUCUAGUUCGCAGAGGAAUAUAUGCGUUCAAAGAUGACGAGAUGAUCCGUAGAGGGAAGCUCAUCUCUACGGAACUCCUCAAAGCCAUCGAACAAUCCAUGUUUGCAGUCGUUAUUUUCUCGGAAAAUUACGCAAACUCUUCAUGGUGUUUGGAUGAACUUGCCAAAAUCAUCGAAUGCCAAGAUCGGAUGGGCCAGAAGGUGUUACCGGUCUUCUACCAUGUAAAUCCAUCCGAUGUGCGUGGACAGAAACGAGACUUUGCUACGGCCUUUCAGCAACACGAAGAGGAGUUUACGGGGAAUAUGGAUAAGGUGAGCAAGUGGAGGGACGCUUUAGCUGCAGCGGCCAAUUUAUCUGGCUGGCACAUCUUGAAAACAGUCGACCGGUUAGUUUUCCUUGAUCUGUUUUUCGGUUAA